AGUGGACUGGUGGCGGUGACCCGGUGAGGAGGUUGUGUGAGACCCUUGCUCCUAUACCCAAGAAGCCUCGUGCCGUGCCGUCCUGCCGCAGCUAAGUAACAUCCACACACGCACUCACGCUCUCGCCUCGUCUGCAAGCUUAGCCUCGUCAACCUUGCAGACAGACCGGUUCUUCUGCAUACACUACCUUGAUACAGUGCGUGAUUGUGGUGAUACACGAUUCCUAUAUGCUCUAAGAAAAUUAUAUUCGUGAACCACAUAAGAAAGGAAGGAAGUUUAUCAAAGAAAUAUUUAACCUAACGCUGAAGGUCUGCAUAUACGAGCUAACUUAGUGUUCUGUGGUGUUCUUAACCGCCCCCUCCAUACUCCCAGGGAUGACAUAAUAGAAAAAUAUAUUAGUGAAUUAUAUGAAGAAAGGAGGUCUAUUAAAGAAACAUUUAACCUAACACUGAAGAUCUCCAUUUGCGAGUUGACUUCGUAGUGUACUGUGGUGCUCUUAAACGCCUCCUCUAUACUCCCAGGGAUGACAUAAUAAAAAGAUAUGUUCGUGAACUACAUGAAGAAAACAAAAAAUUCAUCGUAUCUACACUAACACUGAGGCUCUCCAUAUACGAGUUAACUUAUUAGUCAUCCGUGGUGCUCUUAAACGUCCCCCUUUAUAAAUAGUGGCAACCGUGAGCUAUAUAUAAGAACAGCAGUAGUUUAUCAAGGAAAUAAUUGGGUUGGCAGAAGUAAGUGGCGAGAUAAAGGGUUGUGGCGGGCCUGUGUCUCUCUGGUCUGCGCGUAAUCAGUUCAGACAAAGGGCGCCGAGAUACACUCAAAGCGGGGACAGAUUGCAAGGGUUAAGACAUCUUGCUCUCAACUUCCCUAGCGGCGCAGAGAUCAUCAGUGGGAGUGGCGAGUGUUCCCUCUCCUGGCGCCCACCUGUCUAGGACUGCCACCGAAGAGAUACACCCAAAACGAAGACCGAUUGCAAGAGUAAAGGGUAAGAAGUAUUGCUGCCAACGUCCCUAGCGGUACAGCGAUCAUCAGUGUUUCCCCGCGGCGUGUUCCCUCCCUGGCGCCCACCUGUUGAAGGAUAACCAGGUGAGAGGUGAAGAGACUGUGUACAUAGGUGAAAGUGCAAUCGUGUACGUAUGUAAAGUCCACACGAGUGACAGCGCAAGCGUGAAGUAUACAUGGGUGGCAGUGCUGUUGUGUAUACAUGAACUUAUACAAGUGACGGUGGAAUCUUCUUGAAUACGUGAAGACUAUACAUUGGUGACAGUGGGAUCGUGUUCGCUUUAAAAGGAUACAGAGGUGACAGUGGAGUUACGUAUACAUCAAAAAGAUACAUAAGUGAAGUGACCGUGUAUACAUGAAGAGCAUACACAGGUAACAGUGGAAGAGUGAAUACAAGAACACAUACAAAGGCGAGAAACGUCUACAAAGGUGACAGUGAAAUCGUGAGGAGUGGUAUUGUGACAGUGCGAUUUCUUGACACAUACAAAUCCUACACAGGUGACAUUGCACACUUGUAUAAGGGAACACUGUACGUAAUAUCGUGACAGUGCAUUAUUCGUGUCUGGAUACAUGACACACCUACCUACCUACAAUCCCAGUCAGGGCGCCUGUUGCAUGUGAGUGGCGGGGUAAGUGAGUGAAGCUAAAGAGAGUAAGAGUGAGAGCGUUUAACGAGUGAAAGAGUGAGGGUGACCAAGCUUACAUAUUGAAAAGGGUAAUAACGGAGGAUCCUAUUUUUUUAUAUGUCCUGUACAGUUGGUGAAUAAGAGAAAGAAAACUGGUAUAUCCGCUACACUUACUUGUUACUGAAAAAAAGAAAAAAGAAGGAAAAUUAUGGGCCUUAACACAAUAAUUUCACAUAACUAAAGGUUUUCAUGAGUGAGACCAGAAAGCAACAGUGAAAUCGUGCCUGUUUUUUUUAUUUUUUUAUCUAUCUCAUAUUAAUAAAGAGAAAAGGAAAGUAUAGCGAUUGGACACGAUCGUAUCUCAUUCUUGUAAACCUCUCGGCGAGUGAAGUUAUACAAGUGAUAGUGAAGUCGUUGAAUAGUGAACGUAACUCGGCUCUCCCUACCUCUCACUGCACACAAUCAUAUCUUAUUCUUGUAAACCUCUGUGCUGGUAAAGAGGUUCUACAAGUGAUAGUAAAGUAAGUGAAUAGUGAACGUAACUCGGAACUCCUCACUGGAUACAAUCAUUUCUCAUUCUUGUAAACCUCUAAACAAGUGACGUAGCAUACAAGUCUUAGUGAAAUCGCUGCAUAGUGAAAGAAACUACUUAUUCUCCCUAUUUCUCACUCCCACGCGUUACUAACAAGCCUAGGGAACAAUGAAGCGCCCGGCCACAACCCCUCCAGCCUGUCAUCCCUCCCUCGAGCCUUGCCGGUGUUUGUGCGGCGUGACGGAGAGGAUGACAGGCGUGUGAGUGAGUGGGCCGAGGACAGAACAGGACAGCUACCCUCCCCGCGUUACGUCAGGGGAACCCCACCCAUGACUGUCUCUGCCGGCUGUGCUAAGUAAGGGUCGCCAUGCGGACUCACGAGCAGCGCCGAGCCACGGUGGCCAACGUCACCUUCGACAUCCCCAGAAUCACCUGCAGAGAGUGCGAGGACCAGGACGUGGAGGUGCAGGGCGAGGGGCCGGCCGUCGCUGGGCUGGCCAAUGGUCGCAGCAGCAUUGGGUCUAUGAAUUUUGACACGUCGCCGCGGAAUUCAGACGACUCUCAGGACCGCCGUUUCGAAGCCAUGACGCGCAACUCCCUCUCGUCCCUCCAGCAGCGGCGCCAGUCCACCGCCUCCGCCUUCAUCAAGGAGCCCCUCGCCGCCAACACCGACGACAGGAACUGGUCAUGGAGCUACCUCAGGGAGAGAUUUCGGGUUAAGGACUUGGAGGACCUGUUUGACCAAUACCAGCUGCGCCUCCACCACGCCAUGCUUAUCAUCUACCUCAUCCUGCAGCUCUUCCUCUCCACUAUUUUCAUCAUCAUCCUCGCCGCCGGUCAGGAGCCUAUCGAGGAGCUGGUGCCGGAGCUCACUGGUCACGCCGCCGGGCUGGUGGUGUGCAUGGCUCUGCUCGUCUAUGUCUACAACGAGGCCACCUUCAAGCAGUUCCCUCGCCUCCAUAUCGUCAUGUCCGGCCUCGUCAUCCUCACCAUCUUCGCCACCGACGUCGCCCUCACUCUGUUCUUCAAGGAGACCAGCUUUCCGGAGGGCGAGCAGCACUAUAAUAUGAAGUCCGGCAACAUUGUGUACCUGCUGCUGGUGGUGUAUGUGUUCCUGCCCAUCCCGUACAAGUGGCAGGCGGUGGCGCUGGCGGGCUUCCUCACCGCCGGGGACCUCGCCCUCAGCUACUACGCCAUCGGCACCGGACACCUGGACACCGAGCACCGGCACAUCGUUACCAAGAUGUGUGUGGAAGCGGCCAUCCUCGUCUGCGUCAACCUGCUGGGCAUCUACUGGCGCUUCAUGAGUGAGGUGGCCUUCAGACGAGCCUUCCUGGACAAGCGAGGCAGUCUGGAAUCCAAGUUCAAGGUGGAGGCGGAGAAGAAGCAGGAGGAGACGCUUCUGCUCAGCAUCCUGCCCCAGAACAUCAUGCAGAAGGUGAAGGCCGACUUCCGCAGCAUGAUCGAGCGGACCAUUUUCAACACCAACCCCGUCACCAAGAGCAACCCCUUCCCGAACCUGUACAUCAACCACCACCAGAUGGUUUCGAUCCUUUACGCGGACAUCGUCAACUUCACGGUGCUGACGACCAAGCUGAGCGCCGAACAGCUGGUGGGGAUGCUCAACGACCUCUUCGGCAAGUUUGACGACGCGGCGGAGGGCAACAACUGUCUGCGCAUCAAGCUCCUCGGGGACUGCUACUACUGCGUGUCCGGCGUGCCCGAGUACAACAAGGACCACGCCAACAACUGCGUCAAGGUCGGCCUCGAGAUGAUCGACAUUAUACGCGAAGUGAGAGAGGACCGGAAAGUGAACGUGGACAUGCGCAUCGGGAUUCACAGCGGCAGCGUCUUGUCCGGCCUGAUCGGCGUGCGGAAAUGGCAGUUCGAUGUGUGGAGCAAUGACGCCACCAUCGCUAACCACAUGGAGCAGACGGGCGCGGCGGGUCGGAUUCACGUGACCCACAAAACCCAGGAGCUCAUCACUGACCUGGACUACGGGUUCGAGAUGAGUAACGCGAGGGAGAAGGACCAGCUGCUGCGAGAGGAGGACAUUGAAACAUUCUUCCUUAUCCCCAACCAGAGGCGGACUAGGCGACGCAUCACCCACGUCUCGUCCACCAACAUCAAGACGCCCAUCUCAAUCAACAACGACUCCACGCAGCUCGACAACUACUACGAGGGGAACGUGCCCAAGCGUGUGGCCAAGGUGCAGCUCCCCCACGGCGUGUCCAGACCCUCCAUCCUCAACAGAAGGCGCUCCACCGUCUCGGAGACCGCCCUUUCGUCCAAGCGGCGGACGGUGGUGACGGACACCGCCCUCACCAACUUCCAGCGGAUCAUGGUGGACUCCAAGGAGAGCAUGGAGAAGGAGAUCGCCAAGAUGCCUCUCAGGAAGUCCGAUCAAUGGCUGCGCCCUGACGGCAUCCAUCCCGUCUCCCUGAGCUUCACCAAUAAACCCGAGUGGGAGCUGCCGCUGCUGCGCCAGCCGGACCCGCUCUACAAAUACUACAUCUUGUGCGCCCUGGUUGUGUUCGCCUCCAUCUUCGUCACGCAGGAGUCGCUCAUGCCCAGGAACGCCUUGGGGUGGCAGGUGGGCGUGGUGUGCGCUGUGCUGCUGCUGGUGGUGACGCUGCUGGUGUGGGUCGCGACCAUCCACCAGCACAUCGUGGACCCGCACAACGACCUGGAGGAGGAUACCGAGAAGCGCUACCCCCUUACCAGGUUCUUCUACUGGACUUCGAAGAGCGUCAUCUCGUCCAUCAGCGUGCGGGUCCUGCUCUACCUGGCCGUGUGCGUCGCCCUCUACACCUGUGCCGUUAUCAAUGUGCUGGAGUGCAAUGACAUCCUGGACGAGGCCAUGUCCUUCGCCACCACCGAUUUCAGCACCUCCAGCCCCGUGCCCCUCGCAAAUAACGUGUCCGGUGUCCCCAACAACACCAUGGCCAUCCCGCCCCUCUGCUGCGACCCCUGGUAUUUCACCUACAGCGCCUCCCUCACCCUCCUCGUGGCCUGGACCUUCUUCCGGAUGCACUUUUUCCUCAAGCUUAUUGUCUACGCACUCGCCGUCUCCAUCUACAGCUACUUCGUGUUCGACUUUGCGAAGGUGAUGUACAGCCACGACCACCUGACCGACUUGUGCCCCUCGCUGGUGGUGACGAGCCUCGGCGUCUCCCCCGGCAUGGGUCACCUCUGCUUCCUGGUCAUGAUCGCCCUCGCCCUCCACGUCCUCGACCGCCAGAUGGAGUACAUCAUGCGGCUAGACUUUCGGUGGAAGCAGCAGCUGGAGGAGGAGCAGAAGGAGGCAGAGACUACGCACUACGCCAACAAGCUGCUCCUUCAGAAUAUCCUGCCGCUCCACGUUGCCAAGAGAUACCUGAACCGCCAGAACGCGACGGACGAGCUCUACCACGAGUCCUUCAAGAACGUGAGCGUCAUCUUCGCCUCCAUCCCCAACUACAGCAAACUCUACAGCGAGCACAGGUUCGACCAGGACGGUACCAAGUGUCUGCGGGUCCUCAACGAGAUCAUCUCCGACUUUGACAUGCUGACCUACGAGGAGCCGUUUGAAGCCCUCGAGAAGAUCAAGGUGGUGGGCAGCACGUACAUGGCAGCGUGUGGACUCCAGCCCGACACCGACGCGGACGAGUUCAAUUCAGUGGAGCGAAGCAUGGAGGAGAACGUCGCCACUGUUGCCAAGUUCGCGGUGGCAAUGUUCGACAAGCUGGAGAACUUCAACUUAGACAGCUUCCAGGAGUUGCAGCUGCGGAUAGGCAUCAGCGUGGGCCCAGUCAUCGCCGGAGUGGUCGGGGCGCACAAACCCAUGUACGACAUCUGGGGGGACACAGUGAACGUGGCCUCCAGGAUGGACUACACGGGCGAGAUGGGCAAGAUACACGUGACAGCCACAGCGGGCGAGAUCCUGCAGAAACUGGGCUGGAACGUGACGUGUCGGGGGGAGAUCAAGGUCAAAGGGAAAGGCUUCAUGACAACCUACUUCGUGGACCCCAAGAGCGCCCCGAAAGACCCUUCACCGGUCCCCCCACCCGACACUCCCAACAACAACAACAAUAACCAUAAGGGCCGCAAGUCCAGCCAAGACAUGACGGGCGAGAGGCGGAGGAGCAGCCAGCUGAGUCUGACCUCCCUCAAGGGCUUCCUCUCGUCGCACAGAGGCAGCCUGGACAUCAACACAAGCAAGGAGGUGGACACACACAGCACACGUUCCCUGCCGCUAUACAAACCGAUUAAGAGCGAAAACGAGACUUCCGUUCAGCUGGAGAUGGAGGAGUUUGGGUCUGCCGGAUCGUCGCCGCGCAGUAGUUUCGACUCCAAAGACUCCGGUGUGGUGAAGGGCAGCUACCGGCCCUCCUACCCGUCCCCAGUGGCCGAGGAGGCGGAGUGGACAUCAGGGCCCGGCACCCCCAUGCAGAAAGACCCCGGCAAACUACCUGACUUCAUGGCACCGGGCGUCCGAAACCCAAACACAAGAUUCAGUAGUAACGAAACUAGUGCUAAAUCAAAACCCUCUUCCACUUUAAGGAAAAGUAGUUUUUCGACUCCUGACUUACCACAUAUGCGGAUCACAGGGUCUAUAGACAUUAGAAACUGUUUCACGAUGGGGUCUUCUCGGAAAAGUCAAAGAUCCCCCAAGGACGACAGGCGUUCCGAGUCUAGACAAGCGGAGGAUCACCUGCUGGAGUGGUCCUCGUCCUCGCCGCACACCACCAUCACGAUGGACAAGGACCAAGUGCAAAGCGUGCGGUUGUGAAUGUGGUUCCUCGUCUCUGCUACCCAUUGUGAUAUUACACGUAUAUUCAUGUUCCUAAUACUAUCAUUUCAAAUGUCAUUAGGACGACUGAAGACACUAACGUAAGUGUAGGAAAACUUAUAUUUUCUAAUACAGCUACUUCGGACACAAGGCAGUGUGGUGCAUGUAUAGCAAAGAUUCUGGUGGCCCAUAUCGGUUCGUGGCGAGUCUGCGCCUAUACAAAACUCACGGAAGGGAACACGGUGCUGUAAGGUUUAUAUUUAGCAAACUAAUCAAAGACAAAGAGGCGGCUUCGAAAACAGUUAUGUGUCGUGCAAGACUGUGCCGACACUGCAAAACUAGAGUGAUACGACGGCGUGAAAACGAAACCUUGAGACACAUUUGCAGCGAGGCAGCCUCCCCCCUCGCCCCUUCCCGUCCCCCCGCGUGUCCGUAAGGCUUGUGUUCGGAUACAUAUGAGUCUCCUUGCAUAUUAAAGAUUUACUGUAUCG